AAGCUAUCAAAGGUUUAGUGGUCAUGUCCGCUGCUUUAGAAGAACUUUCAUCCAGUCUUCUUGUGGGCAAGGUUCCUGCUAUGUGGAUGAAAAGAUCAUAUCCUAGUUUAAAACCGUUGGGAGGCUAUGUUACGGACCUGCUGAAUCGUUUGAAAUUUUUACAGGAAUGGUAUGACAAUGGAAAGCCUUCUGUCUUUUGGAUAUCUGGAUUUUACUUCACACAGGCAUUCUUAACUGGAGCGAAGCAAAAUUACGCGCGGAAAUACACCAUUCCUAUUGACUUGCUUGGAUUCGACUUCAAGGUAGCUGAAUUAACAAUUAUAGCGAAAAUAAGUGUAUUGUUACAUGGUAAUUUAUUCACGGAAAAUAAAGGUUUUUCUCAAUUUACACCCAUUAUAAAACGACAAUUGGAUAGUUAG